GACGUGCCUAGCUAAGAGCACGAGAACUCACGGCCUCUCUCUCUGUAUAUUAAGGACUUAAUUAAAGUAAUUGUUGUGCAGCUAAAAACCCCCCUGAUUAUUCCGAGUCCUUCGCGAUACUCCAAAAUAUAAAACAGUGGCGACGAGGAUAAUUUGGAGAAAUUCGGAGGCACGUCGCAAACCGGAAGUCAAGGGAGUUCGGGAAGUUUCGAGAAGGCCACGUGGCAGGAAGAGAGACGAAGGAGAAGACGUUAGUCUGGAGUAAAAGCGGAAAGAGAGAGAGAAAGUGAGCUGGCUAAAUUAAUUACGAGUAAGUAAUUGAACCGAAAACCGAAAGAAUGUCGAGAGACCGUCCGGAUACGCCUAGCCCCGGAGUAACGUUCGCGAAUCCAAUUCGAAUGGAUUUCUUCGAGCCAAAUCAGCAACCAUUAUUGCGAUGGUUACAACGGCUGGAAUGGGCGUUUCGAGUUUUUCAAAUAACGGAGGAUAAAGCUAAAGCGGCGUAUCUUCUACAUUUUAUAGGCGUUGAAGCCUUCGGGAUUUUGUGUGACCUUUUGUAUCCUGGAGACCCGUACGCACAGUCCUAUGGGUUACUAGUCGACAAACUAAAAGAAUUUUACGCGCCCGAGCCACUUGAGAUAGCCGAAAUAUACAUUUUCCGGAAGCGAAUGCAACAACCGGACGAGAGCACGCAGGAAUAUAUGGCCGCUCUGCAAGAACUAUCCCUUCAUUGCAAAUUCGGGGAUUAUCUUCAAACGGAAUUACGGAAUCAAUUCGUUUUUGGCUUGAGAAACCAAAGAAUCCAAUCCAGGCUGCUGGAAACGGCGAAUUUGACGAGCGACUCAGCCCUGCAAAUUGCUUGCGUGAUCGAGCUGGCGGAAAAGGGGGUGAACAAGUUGAAGGAGGAAGUCCCAGAAGCAGCCGUGUCGGGGCAGGAGCAAAGCACUAAAAAAAAACUAAAGACCGAGGAAAUGACCGAAAAAAACACACUUCUCUAGAGGAGAACAACGAAGGGCGAAAUCCACUAAUCCAGGUGUGGACAGGCUUGUUAUGCGCACAGUUGUACCCUUUCCUCGAAGUGUAAAAUGUAGAGAAUGCGGAGGUUUUGGUCAUCUACAAAAAAUAUGCAAAAAAAAGACCAGACGAAUAUGUUAGAAUGUUAGAAGAAGUGUGCCGCGUGGACGAAGUAGAACACACGGAGCACAGAGGGAAAUUCACGGCUUCGCUGUAUGUUGAAAAUCGAAAAGUGAGUUUUGAUGUAGAUUGCGGUUCGGCAGUUACUUUGGUAAGCAGAAAAUGGUUUAAACAUAAUUUUCCGAAUAUGGUUUGCCACGAAAUGCGUUUAAAAUUGCGCUUUUAUUGUAAGCAAAAUUUUGUGCCGUUAGGGUACAUUAGAGUUAAAGUUCGCGAUGUCGACGAAAUUAAAGAGUUAAAUAUGUAUGUUGUGCAAUAUGAUAGAGACCCGUUGUUAGGCCGGGAGUGGAUAAACCAGCUAAAUGUAUUAAAGAAACUUAAAAGUAGCUUAAAAAAAAUUGAAGACAUUAAAUUGUUGAAAGAGUCAAAUGAAAAAAGAUUCGAUAAACUUUUAAAAAAAUACAGUAAGGUUCUGAGUGACGAAUAUGCGUGCAUUAAAAAUUAUAAAGCGCACUUGAAAUUGAAACCGGACGCUCAACCGGUAUUCAUGAAAAGCCGUACGGUUCCGUUCAAAAUUUUAGAAAAAGUAGAGAGAGAGUAAGAACGCAUGGUAGACGCGGGUAUUCUUGAGAAAGUAGAAUCGUCCAGAUGGGUCACGCCAAUUGUACCGAUAUUAAAGAAAGACGGUGGAAUUAGAAUUUGCGGCGAUUUCAGUGUGACACUAAAUCCGGUUUUGGUAGUGAAUGAGC